CCGUGCUGAAACUACAUGGUGACCAGUUGUGUAUCACUCAAUGCCCUCCCCAAAACUCAGUGCCAUGUGGACCUUCUCCAGUUCUGCAGGCAGUGGGGAGUGCAGGAUGCUGGCAGCGAGCAGGACUUUGACAUCUCACUUUUGGGAAUAGGGAGGUGGCUGCAAGGUUCCAACCAACUUGGGGGAGUGACUCAGAUGGAGCAGGGGGGGUGCUUUGGGGUUAUAACAGCAAACCACCGCCCCCUGCGUUUGGACAACUUUGUGCACGUCCCUCUUUCCCUGUGGUUGAGUCCGAGGCAGGAAGUGCGUCCUUCUCCUCCGCUGCAGUCCGCUUCUGUCGCGUUGUCUGCAGACAUGGCACCUGUGCUCCGGCUCUGCGCUGUCAUCCUCGCGUCGGUGCUCGUGCACACUGCGACGUCGGCGCACCUCAAUGAAACUAUUUUCGCAGUGACUGUGAGCUCCCGCGUCACAGCAGGUAAACAGGAGACUAUGUGUGCCCACAUCCACGGCCCCACAGAGCCCGUCUCUCUGACUGUCUCCCUUGACGUGGACUCUGGCCGCACCGUCAUCCUGGAGGAGGCUGUCAAACAGGACUUUCAUCGCUGCUUGAGCUUCCAGGUCCCAACUGUGCCCAGGAGAACUGUGGCAAACAUCAAUGUGACUGUUCAGGGUGAGAGCGCCUCAAUGAUCAAGACGACCAAAGUUCUCAUCGAGCCCCCUGAAUUCAUCCAUAUCAUCCAGACUGAUAAACCCAUCUACAAACCCGGACAGACUGUCAAGUUCCGAAUCGUGUCCAUGGAUACAAGUUUCAUCCCUGUAGCUCGGGUGUACAAAGUGGUGGAGAUCCAGGAUCCCAAUUCAAAUCGCAUUGCCCAGUGGUUGGAUAAGCCCAUUGUCGGCGGCAUCCUUGAUCUUUCCCACCCAAUGAUUCCUGAAGCGGCUCAAGGAACUUACAAGAUCACUGCCUCAACGGACAAAGGGGAGCAAAAAUCCCACCAAUUCGACAUCAAGGAAUACGUUUUGCCAAAGUAUGAGGUAAAGGUCGAACUGCCCAGUGUCAUAAGCAUCCUGGAUCAAGAGGCAAUGCUAAAGAUUUGUGGAAAAUACACUUAUGGGAAACCAGUUCAGGGUUCGGUCAAGGCAGUGCUUUGUAGAAAUGCUAUUCGGCAUUACUGGUUUUCAAGAGCCAAAGCCAAGGAUAUCUGCAAGACGUACGAGCUGACUACGGAUAAAAAUGGAUGUGCCACACAAACUGUAAGUGUGGCAGACUUUGCCCCCUACCAGACCACUUACGGGGAAAGUUUCGAGGUGAAUGCUGAAAUGGAGGAGUAUGGCACAGGGGUCACUCUCACAGGCAGCGGGCGGACCACUUUCAGCCAUUACAUCCGAACUGUCACCUUUGAGGAUGUACCCGAGUCCUACAAACGCGGCAUUCCAUUUGAAGGAAAGAUCAAAGUGACCGGUCCAGACAAUAAACCUGUCGCCAACGAGCUGGUGUACCUGCUUGCCUCCGCCUCGCAGAACGUCACGCUCACUACAGACAAGAAAGGCAUGGCUUCAUUUUCUCUGGACACGUCUCACUGGGGGGACACAGUGAAUCUGCAGGCAAAGUCUCAAAAGAACAACGACGACGAACCAUAUUUGUCGAACCAGCGUGGUCCAGAGUACAGGUCGGCCUACCACCAUGUCUCACUGUUUUACUCUAAGAGCAGCAGCUUUUUGAAGCUCAUGCAGGUCGGAGAUAAGAUCCCUUGUGACAAGGAUGCGACUGUGCGUGCUCAGUACAUCAUCCAGGGGGAGGAGCUAAACAGUGGCCAGGAAGCGCUUAACUUUUUUUACCUGGUGAUGUCCAAAGGAGGAAUUGUUCAGCAUGGCCAAGUCCCAGUGGCGGUUAAAGCAGGAACUGUCAACAAAGGGGAGUUGUCCAUAUCACUCCAGCAGGUGGUUAACCUGGCACCGUUUGCCCAGGUGGUAGUUUACACUGUGAUGCCCAGUGGAGAAGCUGUGGCCGACAGCCAGGACUUCCCCAUUCAGCUCUGCCUCAACAACAAGGUGGUUCUCAAGUUCUCGUCCAUCCAGAGUCUUCCAGCGGAGAAGACCACACUUAGUCUCCAGGCUCACCCAGGCUCCGUGUGUUCUGUGAGGGCCAUCGACCAGAGUGUCCUCCUGCUUAAGCGACAGCAGGAACUCUCCAUCAGCUACGUGUACAAACAGCUGCCUUUACAGAAGAUAUCAGGAUACGUGUAUGAGGUUGAUGACCAGGAGCCAUAUCCCUGCCUUGUUCUCUCCGCACCUCGUCGAGCGUCACGCUCAACCUUCUAUCAACCUGAACAGAUGAACGACGUCUACAGCAUCUUUAAAGAAAUUGGAAUCAAAAUUGUGACCAACUCCGAUGUGAAAAAACCUGUUGACUGCGACGCGAGAUAUGACGUAUUAUAUGACGCUGUAGACAAUGACGCCCUAGACUUUCCUGUCCCCAUGGCCUUCAACAUGAUGCCACAGAAUACAGGUGUUGUGCUGAAAGAUAAAGAAGAACACAAGAAGGAAACCGUCAGGACAUUCUUCCCUGAAACCUGGAUCUGGGACCUAGUUACUGUGGGUGACAGUGGUUCAGUGAAUGUGGAGAAGACCGUCCCUGACACCAUCACUAAGUGGGCAGCCGGAGCAUUCUGCGUCUCCUCUGUCGGCUUCGGCGUGGCGCCCAGCAUCGGACUGACGGCCUUCCAGCCAUUCUUUGUCAGUCUCACCUUGCCCUACUCUGUCAUCAGAGGGGAGGUCUUUACACUCAAAGCCACGGUCUUCAACUAUCUCUCCAAAUGCAUUAUGGUGAAGGUAACACUGGCUGAAUCAAACCAGUACACUCUCAGAAACUGUGAUGGCUGCCAGUACACUGUGUGUCUGUGCGGAGAGGAGAGCAGGACCUUCUCAUGGAUUGUUACUCCCACCGACCUUGGUCAGGUGAAACUGAAGGUGAGCGCUGAGGCCCUGAAGACCGACACACUGUGUGGCAACGAGGUGACCACCGUCCCCGACAUGGGCCAAAUCGACACAGUGGUCCGCACCCUGCUGGUGGAGGCUGAAGGAACACCACAGAUGCUCAGUCACAACGCUCUCCUCUGCCCUGCAGAGGGACCAGUGGAGAAGAAAGUCUCUCUUCUGCUGCCUGAGAUGUUUGUGGCUGGAUCAGCCAGGGCCUCCGUCUCUGUACUGGGUGAUCUGAUGGGCCGGGCCAUGAAGAACCUGGACAAGCUGCUGGCGAUGCCGUACGGCUGCGGGGAGCAGAACAUGGUGCUGUUUGCCCCCAACAUCUUCAUACUCAACUACCUGCAAAGCACCGGUCAGCUGACCCAGGAGAUUCGUGACAAGGCGACACGCUUCCUGGAGAGCGGGUAUCAGAGAGAGCUCACCUACAAGCACGAUGACGGCUCGUACAGCGCCUUCGGGAAGAGCGAUGAGUCCGGGAACACCUGGCUGACCUCUUUUGUGAUGAAGUCCUUCGGUGGGGCGAGACCGUACAUUUUUGUGGAUCUCAAACACAUAACUCAAGCCAGGAGGUGGCUGGAAUCUCACCAGCAACCUGAUGGCUGCAUCCGAUCCGUCGGAAAGCUCUUGCACAACGGCAUGAAGGGAGGAGUGAGCGAUGACGUGUCCCUGACGGCUUACAUCACCGCCGCCAUGCUGGAGCUGGACGUCAACGUCACGGAUCCCUUCAUGCAGAAGUGUCUGAGCUGCCUGAAAGGAGCCGUGGCCGUUCAGAUGGACAACCUGUACACCACCGCCCUGCUGUCGUACACCUUCUCUCUGGCUGGAGACCAGGACACGAGGAGCAAACUCAUCACAUACCUGCACCAGAAGUCCAGCUCACAGGGCGGCACCCGUCACUGGGUCAGAGCCGGGGCCUCAGACAAAGGCCUGGACUCCCUGGAGGUGGAGAUGACCUCCUACGUGCUGCUGGCUCUGCUCUCAGGUCCCAGAAUGCCUGACUUCGGGUUGGAAUACUCCUCUAGCAUCGUCCGCUGGCUCGCUCAGCAGCAGAACCCAUAUGGCGGCUUCGCUUCCACGCAGGACACGGUGGUGGCCCUUCAGGCGCUGUCUAAGUACGGAGCUGCCACCUACAGCGAGGAGGGCAGCACAGCAGUGAAGGUGACAUCAUUAGGAGGCCUGAGCAAAGAGUUCACGGUGGAUCAGAGCAACAGGCUGCUGCUGCAGGAGGAGAAGCUGGAAGAGAUCCCUGGAGAGUACACAGUCAAAGCCCAGGGACAGAGCUGCGUGCUGGCACAGAUCUCCAUGCAUUACAACAUCCCCCCUCCCCCGGACUUCUCCGCCUUCAACAUCUCCAGUGCCACCAUGGCCAAGUGUAACACCAGCAGACCCCAGCUCAUCCUCUUUGUGCAUGUCAGGUACCAGGGCAGGAGAGAGGAAACCAACAUGGUGAUCAUCAACAUCAAGCUGUUGUCUGGAUACCUCCUGGAUAAGAGCUCCUUGGAUCUGCUGAAGCGCGACCGCUCAGUGAAGCGCGUGGACGUGGAGGAGGGAUACAUCAACAUCUACCUGGAUGGGCUGAAGAAGGACGAGUCAAAGAUACACAGUGUGACUCUGGAGCAGGAUAUACAUGUGAGGAACCUGAAGCCAGCUGUGGUCAAAGUCUACGAUUACUACCAGACAAGUGACGAGGCGGUUACUGACUACACAUCCCCCUGUGCAGAGAGUGACAGCGUCAACCUGCUGUGAAACCUCCACCUGGAACCCUCCGCUCCGUCCUGACGGGUGCUCUGUCAGAGGAACCAGUGUUAGAGAAAGAAACCUCUAGAUGUUUAUUUUUCUCUUUCUCCUUUUAAACAUUUUUUAGCUUUUUCAAUACGUGAAUCCAACUCUUAGUGUAAUUUUAGGAAAACAUUUAAACUUUUUUUUGUUUUUGUUUUUGCUAUUUCCUUUUGUUCUACUUCCUGGGACACAGUCGGCUCGUCCACUCAGUAGUGACUGCUUCUCUCUCCUCAACACUGGAACCUUUAUUAUAACUUACUGAAUUCAAGAAAAGCAAGACAACAACUCUGUAACAGCUUUGUUUUUUUUAAUAGAUUUGAUAAAAUCCAUAUUAUUCAUACCUGAACGUGACGCAUGAGACCUACAGGGUACCAAGAACACAGUAUGGUCCGAGUAGUGUGUAUGUGUGUGUAUGCAACAGGAACUACUUUCUAGAAAACAAAAGUACAGUCACAUGAGUGCUAGGUGAGUUAUUCUGUGUUCUGCUGUAGCAGUAAUAAAAAAAGGUAGAUUGAUACAUUACUACCAUACAAUUUUAAAAUGUAACUGACUGACAAUAAAAUUUCUAAAAUGACAAAAAUAA